GUCACAGUGUCUCAUUCUCACUGUCAACCACCAGAAAUAGCAGAGGAGAAGAUGAAUCUGAGAACUACUGCAUCUAAAAUCGCUCCCUGCGGUUGCAGGCACCUCAUUCGACGGCGUUUCGCAUCAACAGUAUCCACCGGUCUUUUGAAAGAGCUCGAGAGCAGAGGUUUCGUCGCUGCUACAACGAGUCCAAGUCUGACGAAACAGCUAGAUGGAAGCUCGACUGGGGUCUACGUCGGAUUCGACCCUUCAGCUAACUCGUUGCAUGUCGGCAACCUAUUACCACUUCUGUGCUUGCUACACUUCAAGCAAGCUGGACAUCAUGCCUUGGCCCUAAUAGGAGGAGCUACAGGGUUCAUCGGAGACCCUUCAGGUCGCUCAACCGAACGGAAAGCCCUAGACCCCGACCAACUGGCUCAUAACGUCCAGGGCAUCACUUACCAAGUGAACCGCUUCUUUGAACGAGGUCAGACGUAUGCGAGCAAGCAUCGAAGAGGCCAGACAGACAGGGGCAAGCUGGACAUCUUGAACAACCUCGAUUGGACCGGUCAGAUUACGUUACUGGACUUUCUGAAGGGUGUAGGGAAGAGGUCGAAGGUGAAUGCGAUGCUGGCUAGAGAUAGCGUCAAGAACCGGUUAUCGUCCGAACAAGGCAUCUCGUUCACCGAGUUCAGCUACCAACUCCUCCAGGCGCACGACUUCAAGAUCCUGAACGAUCGUUACAACUGUAAACUCCAGCUCGGAGGGUCUGAUCAGUGGGGAAACAUCGUCUCCGGGAUCGACAUGAUCCGGCGAAUGAAGAAUGCCGAACAGGACAAUUCCACCGGCGAUGAGACGGGGAUAGAUGCGGAUCCUCAUCGGCUCAAGGAAGAGCUAGCCUUCGGGUUGACGAUCCCGUUGUUGACGACGAGUUCGGGUGAAAAGUUCGGCAAGAGCGCAGGAAACGCGGUCUGGCUAGAUGAAAAGAUGACGAGCGUGUUCGAUUUCUACCAGUACUUUUUGCGAUCGACUGACGCAGACGUGCCCAAGCUUUUACGAUUGUUCACGUUCCUCUCGCUCGAGGAGAUAGAACAGGUUGUGCAAGAGCACGAGCAAAACCCGGCUGACCGGUUAGGACAGAGACGGCUAGCUGCAGAAGUUACAGAACUCGUUCACGGAGCUGAGAACCUGGCAAAGGCACAGACCGCAACAUCAGUCUUGUUCGAUUCCGACCUAAGCCGACUCGAACCUGAGGACGUCCUGACCGCUUUCGAGGGGGACAAGCGGUUAGUAAAGAUCGGCAACGACGAUCUUGGCCAACCUAUGAGCCGACUAGCAGUCCAGGUCAAACUGGUCAGAAGCCGAGGCGAAGCGAACCGAGCCAUGGCAUCCGGAGGUUUCUACAUGAAUGGCAAGAAAGUUACCGAUUCGCAGACGUGCCUCAGGAAGGACGACCUAAUAUCAGGCAAGUUUUGCGUCUUGGGGAUAGGCAAGAGCGAGAAGAAGAUUUUGUUCGUGCAGUGAUCAGAGGUGCUGCCUAUCACGAGACACAGCAUACGCAUUGUAUCGGCGUGUCGCGCAUGCAUGCAUACACACUAUUCUAUAA